CAGCUGUUUUGUACGUUCUACAUUCUGAUCCGAGGAUCAGCUGGAGGCGGCAGUAAACAGAACAGAACGUCGAUCUGCAGGGAAUAAACGAAAAAUAGGAAAGCUGCAGAUGUUUUGAUCUGAAGAGAAACGUCGGUGUAAAAUAUUGCAUGAAGUCCUUCUUCUGAGAAGAAAGCCAUUUAUUUUUUUAUUAUAGUGUUAUAACUACCUCACUUAAAGGCUACCUAAAGCUAUGCUUUACGAGUUGUUGUCGUUUCUACUUUGUGUGUGAGAUCACGUUUACAACUUGAAUUAUAUUACAAAGGCAGGCCUUUGCUUCAAAACCAAGUGAAACCUUACAUUUGCACUACGGAAGCCUGCACACUCCUGUCCAGCAAGCACAGGGAUCCAGCAGCGGAGCAAGCUUAGGAAACAAAUUAAAUAAAUAUAUCAAACACAAGUAACAAGCAACAAAAUUGGUUAAUAAAUAAGACCAAAAAAACAAAAGGCAGCUACAGCUUUGUUUAGCGGAUCAAAAACCAAGAGACAUCAGAGGGCCCGGGUCCAUCGGACAGCAGGGAGAGCAGCAGCCAUGUUCCAGCGCCUGAGCAGUCUGUUCUUCGGAGAGGUGGAGGAGGUGGCCGCCGAGCUGAAGGGGGAGAACCCCUGUGUGACGGAGGCAGACGAGGAGGGCUGGAUGCUGGUCAACUUGCCUGUGGAAGGUGAUUGCACGAUCCCGCUUGAGUGUGAGCGGGUGGUACAAUCAUGUCCGGGCAACGUACAACCGAACCGUCAGGACAACAUGCAAACGACACUCGCAGAGACCGAGUGGCCCCGCCCACCUCUCAAGCGUCGCAGGACACACAGGGGCCGGGCGCGAGAGCUCGAGACGCCGCUAGGCCCGUGUGCCAAGUCCCGGCCCCGGGUCUCGGGGGCCUCGACGCCCGGGACCCUGUCCAGACGGGCCGAAGGGUCGGCGCUGUCCGCGUCCCCCGGAUCCGGGCGUGAAUGUGGCGGCGGUGGGGGUGGUAGCAGUAGCACAGGCUCGGAAAGAGGCUGCAUGGAUGAGAGUUGGUUUGUCACCCCUCCCCCCUGUUUCACUGCAGAGGGCGCCACUGCCGAGGCCAGCCCCAUGGAGGACCUGCUCAUCGAACACCCGAGCAUGUCCGUCUACGUCUCCCCCAACAACCUCUCCAUGGUCUCCAACGGCAACCUUUCCGUGGUGGGGGAGGAGAGCGUGAGCCUGGCAGGCAGCAUGAGCAGGGUAGCCGACCAGCCCGCCGCUCCCGCCAUGCCCACCAGGGCGAGCCGUGGAGCCGCUGCCCAGGCCGGAGCCCUGGCCAAGGUCACCCAGGUGGCACGGGUCCAGCGCGGGAAGGCACGCAUCGAGAGGCGCCACCUGGGUCGCAACCGCAUCCAGCGCCAGAACCGCGUCAGGGAGCAGGUUCCACGCCACGCCGCACACGCCAGAAACACCUUCCUUCACCAGCCCGGAAACCGCAGCGUCUGCCAUUAGUCCUCGCCGGGGAGGGCCGUUUACUCUGAAGGCAUUUCUAGAUCAUAGUCACACCCAGGGUACGCAUACAUGCUGUACAAGGUCAUUCACAUACAGAAGAUGGGACAUCAACACGUUGCACCUAGACAGAUACACCCCAGGCUCUGAAGGCUUAGUCACAAACUGCUACAUUGUCACCCCGAAUUAGCACUAGCUUCAUUCACCCAAUACAAAUAUUCUGAGUUAAUUUUUCUUCUCUUAUAUAAAACAUGAUUAGGAAUGUAAUACAAUGUUUAAAGUCACUGUAGAUCUGCAAAACAACAAAUAUAAAUAUGAAUGUCCCCGGACUUUAAUAAAAUAGUGCUAUAUUAGUUUGUUCUCAAUUUACCCUGCAACUGAAACCUAAAGGAUGUUCAUUUACAAAAUAUUUUUUAUUUUAUUUUAUCCCAGAUAUUAUUGUUUACGAUUGGUGGUAGUAGUUAUAUUAAUUCUAAGAAAAAAUUAAGGGUGUACUUUCUCUGUUAAUCAGAAUUAAUUUUGUACAGUAAAAUACAUUAGAUUGAAUAAUGUAAUGAAGUUGAGAUUUAAUGGGAUUGUACCAAAACCUCAUUCUCUUUUUGUUUUUGAGAGUAAGAGGGAUGUACCACUAUGUAGCAAGUGAGGAGGAAAUGCCAGAAAUUUGCUUCUCUUGUGUUGGACUGGCCUCUUCUCAUGAUAAUAUAUCACGUUAUAUUAGAAAAAGAGAAGCUGAGAUGAAAAAGAGGUAGUCAAUUUACUAAUCUGAAACAACCGUUGGCAUUUCACCUCUUAUCGCUGUUUGAAAGAUAUAAGCAAAGUAGAGGAUGGGAAGAGGAUGAACAAAAAUACAAUGAGUUGCAUUAGUUGAUACUGCAAGAGGAGGGUGUGGUUAGAUAAGGUAGAUAAAGUAAGUGUAUUGUGGCUCUCUGUGCAGCCUAUGAGUUAACAACCUUGUUAAUGAGUCUGUGUGAUGACAUCACUAUAGGAACCAGCAAGUGGCAUAGGAUUAAUAACAAUAACAACCAGCACAUUAAUAAGGUGGUUUCUAAAACAUAAUAACUAGCAUGAUGUCACCAUGAACUCUUGUUUUCUGUGUCUGUAAGAGACGUAUAAGAUAUACUUGACAAAAGCUUUGACCAAAUGUAAGGCUCGUGGCAUGGCAGGAGGCUACAAUGUAGGGCAGGGUAAAGGAGGUCCAGAGUGGUAUGGAGGGCAGUUUUAUAACAUUGUUUUCUGUUCAUCAUCUUUCAUUCGUUCUCCGUUGGAUGUCCAAGGAUAUUCAAAACUUUACACAUUCUUUCCCCCUGUGAAACACGGAAAGUACACUUUUAAUUAACGUUAUUUUAACCGAAUGAACUGAAAAAUCAUCUGUGAGGAGGGUGCUUCCAGAAAGAUUUUUUUUUUUUUUAAAAGCCCAGCACAUGUCAUCCCAGUGGUGCGCGCGUGUUGUUAAUAUUGUGACAUCCGUGAAAACACAAAAAGAACUCCCUUACCACUGCAGACAAACACAAUGCUUAGGAUGAUGACGAUGAGAAGAAACAUGAGAUUAUCCGCCCCUGACACACACACACACACACACACACACACACACACACACACACACACACACACACACACACACACACACACACACACACACACACACACACACACACACACACACUUGAUCAGGCUGUCCUUCAUUGGUGACAGGCUCUCUCUAUUUUUUUCUUUUGCACUUUUGGCUUCUCUCUCUCUCUCUCUCUCUCUCUCUCUCUCUCUCUCUCUCUCUCUCUCUCUCUCUCUCUCUCUCUCUCUCUCUCUCUCUCUCUCUCUCUCUCUCUCUCUCUCUCUUUCUCUCUCUCUCUCUUGUUCUCUAUCUCUCCAUCUCUCUCACAACACACAUCUUUUUAGCUCCUUUCUCUCUCUUACAGCACAUUUAGCCGUAACAGGGUCCACCUGACCAAGCUAACUGAUAUAUAUAUUCAAACAACAAUAGUAAACGAUGGUGCUGAAGUGUAUAUGAAUAUAUACCAAUGUAAAUUAUUUGAGACAUGGAUGUAAGUUUGCACUGUUAUACAUUUGUGAGUCAAAUUUAUAGUUGUGUGCAGUGUGCUUGUUGAUUUAUUUUCAGUUUUUUUAUUUUAAUUAAACUGUCUGUAAGAGAGAAUGUUUCAUAACAUGCUAAAUCUAAAAAAUUCACAAAAAAAGAUUAUAUAUGGACAAAGGUAUUUUAUUUGUCUCUGUAAAUAACCUGUCAUGCUCCUAUAUGUCAAGCCUGUCAUGAUUUCAGUCCACAUAGGGGUUUCCAACAUGACUGGAGGGAAUCCUCUCUCUGCCUCACCUCUACUAUCUAUUUCCAUGGCCAAAAGUGGGUUUCACUCCACUUUCAAGUCCUGCAUUGAGCUUUGGGAACAUGGCUAGGUUCACAGUAUUUGUGCCAUAAGCAACCACUGCCCCCUAGUGGAAGACAAAAAAAGGACAAUAGGCCUCCUGCUUUUCUGGAAGCGGUGGUAGAGGAUUCGUUGACAUAAUGAUUGAGUUGGAGGAUUCCUUCAGCUAGUUUUGGAAAUUACCGUCCCUUUCCAGUUCUUUCGAGACAUAUAGGCCUAUAUUUUAUUUUACCUCGUCAUCACAAUCUACAAACUUUAAACAAAUGUUUUAUUCAGAAUAAUUUAUGAUAUAAUUAUUAAUAUUAUAUAUUUGUCUUUUCUUUAGUUUAUGAAUGUGUCAUGUGUCUCAACAGUCCAGUGGCUCAGUGGGUUGGACACUGAUGUACACGCCCACAACCUCAAAGAUCUCCAUUUAUUAUUUUUAAUGCUGCCUUAAUCCCUACGAGGGUUUCUAUCAUGAUUGUGCCUCGGAGGUUAACAAGCUGUGCCUGUGGUGUAUGAACAGAAAGCUGUCACACAGAAAGAAUGAAAAAAAUCAAAGGCAAAGACGAGGAGAGAUCACAAGUGGGCGUGGGUGCUUUUUACCAUCACAGAGAGCUACCACUAUGUUCUGUUUUAUUCAUUUGUUUUUUUUCCCCCUUUCUCUUUCCCCUUCCUCACCAAUGUAAUGUUAACGAAGGGCGUUGUGUGCAGUGUGGUGUUUGUUUAGUGGAAGGCUAGGUUCUGUCAUCCAAUACUACGGGGAAGAAAGUGGUUGCUCACAAGUGGGUUGAACCAAUGAGGUGUGAGAGAUGUGUGCGUGUAGAGAGGAAGAGAAGGUCAGAGGUAAAUCAUAUUCAAACAUAAGUAUCUGCAACAAAAUAAAUCAAAUUAAAAAACAUACAAAGGAGUAAGCUUGUAGUUUACAAUAUAGUUAUUAGAAGAGUUGUUCACAUUGUAAGAUGUUUUAAAAAAUAAAAGGGUUGAAUGUCUGGGGAGUUUUAUAUAUGUAUGUUGCGCCCUGAAAUGAUGGCAGCUUCAAAACAUGUCAGGGUUCACGCCCCGUGUCACAUCUAAUAGAGUACACAUCUCCCCAAUAAAAAAACGACAAAUAGACCUACAAAAUUGGUGUAUCUGAUAUCUGUGGUGAUUGUGCCUUUCACUAUUUCUGCAUGGUUUUUGUGAUGUACUGAACUUCCCUUGACCCGAAAGGACAGUCGUCCAUUGACAGGCGAGACCUAUGCAAAACCAACGGAUGGGGUUUUCAAGCAUCCAUUUAGAAAACACAGGUACCCACCAAAAAAAAAAGAAACUAAAGAAAAUUUAACAAAAACAAAACAACAAUAAAUGCUCAAGCUCAAACCUGAA